AUGAAAAUCACACAGCUUUACGUUUAUCCAAUCAAGUCGCUGCGAGGCAUAGCGCUGCAACGCACGAGGCUUGAUAGACAGGGCGUCCAAUAUGACCGGCGCUAUAUGCUGCUAAGGGUGCACGAUGACGGCCACCAUGAAGCAGUUGAAGUUUCCAGAUAUCCAGCUUGUGCUCUUUUCAUCCCCGAGAUCCUUGAAGGAAAUGGAAAGAUCACUGUGAAGUACCAGAGCCCGGAGGAGCCAGUCUCUCCGCCGACACCAGCGCAAAACACAACGCUUGAGAUCCCAUUGGAGCCGGAUAUCUGCAGCCUGGAGACUGUGGAGGUUGACUUAUACAAGAGCAUGAGCAUGGGCUAUCGUAUGCCUGAGGCUCACAACUCAUGGUUUAGCUCUUGCUUCGGCUUCGAGACUAUCCUCGUUUAUGUUGGCGAUGGCAAACGACAGGUACUUGGGUCUAUGUCCCCGCAUGUUCAAAAAAAGCGAAAUCAGGGGUGGCUAUCGUCCAUGAAGAGCUACAUUGGUUCGAACGACGAAGAUCCUCACUGGCUCACGUUCACCUGCGUCGCAUCGUAUCUGAUCACAACCGAGGCGUCUUUACACGAUGUGAGCAGCCGGCUUCCGCCUGGCGAGGAGAUGGACAUUCGCAAGUUCAGGCCCAACAUAGUUGUCGACGGUGAGGGAGCAUUUGACGAAGAUUACUGGGGGGAGAUUGAGGUUGACAAUGGUGUCCGGUUUGCUCUGACAGGGAACUGCGGGCGUUGCAUGUCUAUUAAUGUUGACUAUGCGACUGGGAGGCCCGGAACAGGUGAAAGUGGCAGUGUCCUGAAGAAACUGAUGAAGGACCGCAGGGUUGACCAGGGCAACAAGUACUCACCGAUCUUUGGGCGAUAUGGCUUCCUUCAGGCCGAAGAGGCAGAGGUCCAAGUGGGAGACGAGGUGGCUGUGACCAAGCGGAUGGAAGAGAGGUGUGUCUGGGACUGGCCUCCAUACAAAUGA